GAGACUGACUCACAGUGAUUUCGCAGCAGAAGAGCUGGAGUCCACAAAGAAUACACACAGACUCGCUGCAAUGUCCCCAACUGUCUGGUACAGGUCGACGACACUGAAAGAGAAGCAGCAGCUGAGUUAUUUGCCAUUUCAUCCCAAAGAGGAUUGAUGGACCCCAAUUAUGGACAAGUGGACUUGAUUCUACUCUCAGCUCCUGUAGCACAAUGUCGAGUAUUAUGAUUUACCUGACUGCCACUUUGUACUUGCCUGUUUUACUGUUUGAGGCCUUCGCAUUGUCCAACAGCAAGUAUGAGAAGUCACUGGUGCCCAGUUCUGCCUCUCGCCUGGUGGCCAGGAUGGACGGGGACAUAAUAAUCGGCGCCCUCUUCUCUGUUCACCACCAACCGUCCGCUGAGAAGGUGGCAGAGAGGAAAUGUGGCGAGGUCAGGGAGCAGUACGGCAUCCAAAGGGUGGAGGCCAUGUUCCACGCCCUGGAUCGGAUUAACUCAGACCCAAAUCUGUUACCCAACAUCACCCUGGGCUGUGAGAUCAGAGACUCCUGCUGGCACUCGUCUGUGGCUCUGGAGCAGAGCAUCGAGUUCAUACGAGACUCGCUCAUCUCCCUCCGGGACGACAAAGACGGCUCCAAGUGGUGCAUCGAGGGGACGCCGUCCAGUCAGCCACCACCGACCAAGAAGCCCAUCGCAGGUGUCAUCGGUCCAGGCUCCAGCUCUGUUGCAAUCCAAGUCCAAAACCUUCUGCAGUUGUUCAACAUACCGCAGAUCGCGUACUCGGCCACCAGUAUUGACCUGAGCGACAAGACUUUGUUCAAGUACUUCCUCAGGGUGGUGCCUUCAGACACCCUUCAAGCCAGAGCACUGCUGGACAUCAUCAAGAGAUACAACUGGACGUAUGUGUCUGCCGUGCACACAGAGGGUAACUAUGGAGAAAGUGGGAUGGAAGUGUUCAAAGAGCUGGCCUCGCAGGACGGCAUCUGCAUCGCUCACUCUGACAAGAUCUACAGCAACGCUGGCGAGAAGCACUUUGACAGGCUGCUGCGGAAGCUGCGCGAGCGUCUGCCCAAGGCCCGAGUUGUUGUCUGCUUCUGUGAAGGCAUGACAGUCCGAGGACUGCUCAUGGCCAUGAGACGGCUCGGAGUAGCCGGAGAGUUCCUCCUAAUUGGCAGCGAUGGCUGGGCCGACCGUGUCGAGGUGGUGGAGGGAUACGAGCAGGAGGCCGUGGGUGGCAUCACCGUCAAGCUUCAGUCGGACGAAGUCUCCUCCUUUGACAACUACUUUCUGAAGCUCAGGCUCAGCACCAACACGCGCAACCCCUGGUUCCCGGAGUUCUGGCAGUACCGGUUUCAGUGCCGCCUUCCCGGACACCCGCAAGAGAACAUGAAUUAUGCACGGAACUGCACAGAGGAUGAGGAACUAGAACUCCGGGACGGUUACGAAAGUCUCGAGGACAACUACGUCCAGGACAGCAAGAUGGGCUUCGUCAUCAACGCCAUCUAUGCCAUGGCCCACGGGCUGCACGACAUGCACACUCACCUCUGCCCCGGCCACGUGGGUCUGUGUGACGACAUGGUGCCCGUCGACGGACGCCACUUGCUGGACUUCCUGCUCAAAACGUCUUUCACGGGCGUCUCCGGAGAGGACAUAUGGUUCGACGAGAACGGGGACUCACCUGGGAGGUAUGAGAUUAUGAACUUCCAGCGCAUGCAGCCCGGGGUUUACGACUACAUCAACACCGGCUCCUGGCACAAGGGCAUCCUCAGUCUCGACGAUGACAUGCUCCAGAUGAACCGCAGUGACAUGGUCCGCUCUGUGUGCAGUGAGCCCUGCUCCAAAGGAGAGAUCAAGGUGAUCAGGAAGGGUGAAGUGAGCUGCUGCUGGAUUUGCACAGCCUGCAAAGACAACGAGUACGUCCAGGACGAGUUCACGUGCAAAGCCUGUGAGCUGGGCUGGUGGCCGGACAAAGAACUGGAAGUCUGUGAGCCAAUUCCCCUGCGCUACUUGGAGUGGAGUAAUCCAGAGUCCAUUAUCCAGGUGGUCUUCUCCUGCGUGGGCAUCCUGAUCACGUCAUUUGUUGCCUUAGUCUUUGUCUUGUACCGUGACACACCUGUGGUCAAAUCCUCCAGCCGGGAGCUCUGCUACAUCAUCCUCGCUGGCAUCUUCCUGGGUUAUCUGUGUCCCUUCACUCUCAUUGCCCGUCCCACUGUGGCCUCCUGCUACCUGCAGCGACUUCUCGUUGGACUCUCAGCCGCGAUGUGCUACUCUGCCCUGGUAACUAAAACCAACCGCAUUGCCCGAAUCCUGGCAGGCAGCAAGAAGAAGAUUUGCACCAGAAAGCCGAGGUUCAUGAGUGCUUGGGCGCAGGUGGUUAUCGCCUCUAUCCUGAUCAGUGUCCAGCUCACGUUGGAGGUGACCCUCAUCAUCAUGGAGCCACCUGAGCCAAUCAAGUCCUACCCCAGCAUCAGAGAGGUCUUCCUGAUCUGCAACACUAGCAAUCUCGGCGUCGUUGCCCCUUUGGGCUACAACGGCCUGCUCAUCAUGAGCUGCACAUAUUACGCCUUCAAGACUCGCAAUGUUCCUGCAAAUUUCAAUGAGGCCAAAUACAUCGCCUUCACCAUGUACACCACAUGUAUAAUCUGGCUGGCGUUUGUACCAAUCUAUUUUGGGAGCAAUUACAAGAUCAUCACAACGUCGUUCUCAGUGAGCCUCAGUGUGACUGUCGCUCUGGGCUGCAUGUUCACACCAAAGAUGUACAUCAUCAUUGCCAAACCAGAGCGAAAUGUGCGCAGCGCCUUCACCACCUCGGAUGCUGUGCGCAUGCACGUCGGAGACGGCAAAAUUGCCUGCCGAAGCAACAGCCUGCUCAGCAUGUUCAAGAGGAAGAAGAACGCUGGCAACGGCAGUUCUAAUGGAAAGUCUGUGUCAUGGUCUGAACCAGGUGCAAGACAUCCUCCCAAAGGGGAUCAUACAUGGCACAGACUGUCAGUGCAUGUGAAGAGACAGGAAGCAGGUUCCAAUCAGAUGGCUGUCAUCAGACCCUUAACUAACACAUACCAUAAUACGACACUGGAAUUCUCAGACCUCAGCACGAAGACUCUGUACAAUGUGGCUGAGGAGGAGGAAGAGGGUGACGCUAUAAGAUACAACCCCCCCAUCACUCCCCCCAUGAUGGCCCACGGGCAAAUACCUGCGUGUGGGCUACUAGAGGAUGUGGACGAGGUGGUGGAGCUCUAUACACCUCUACGUCUGCAAAAAAACAGUAUUCUCCCCCAACAUGUCAUCAUGGACCGCUUACAGGAGGAGGAGGAGGUGUUGGUGAGCAAAUUUAACAGUGACAUCCCGGAACUCAGUGAUAUGAUAAGCAUGCCUGAGGCUGUAAGCGGUGGCCUGCCUGUGUACCACCAGGCCCACCUCAUCCAGCAGGAACCGGUCCUGCCUGUGCAAUUCGACCCAUUUGAUGAGGAGCUCAUCUCUCCUUUAGAGGAGGACGGGAUGGACAGCGAACAGUUCGGUCUUCUUCAUGGAUACAUGUACAACAACGCACAGAUUCAUGAGGAGGACUUGGUUCCGGUCAAAUUAGCGGUGGAGGAUUCUGUGGCUCUUAUGCCUCCCUCCCCCUUCAGAGAUCGUGCUGGUCCUCCAGCGAGCCCCUACCCAAACUCACCGGUGUCUGAGUCGAUUUUGUGCACCCCUCCAAAUGUGACGUACGCCGCUGUCAUUCUCCAAGACUACAAACAAAGCUCCUCGACUCUGUGAAGGCAUGUGGGAAGAAACCCAUAGCCAGUUGUAGAAUAUUUUCAAGUUUAUAAUGACUUAUUCUGUAUAUGAUAAUAUAUAAGCAAAAAGAUCAUUCUGUAUUCUCCAAUGUCAUUUUCACUCUGUAACUUAAUCGCUUUUACAUGAUAAGGGUGAACAACAAGCUGCCACAUGUUAAAAUAUUUUAGAUGUUAGAUAAAAACGAUCUGCCAGCCGUUUUAGGGAUGAAAUAGAAUAGUUCUAAGUUUGUCUACAGUAUGAGUGUACCUUUAUGAAUUAAAGUAAUAUAAAUAGAAUUAUUUGA